GUCGGUGUUUUUUUUUAGCUAACUUCAUUUUACCGCCGGUCGCCAUUUACAAAAGAGCAUUUCAAUAAGCAACUAAGUAGAGAGUUAAGUGUGUUUCGUGCGAACAACACAGUAUUUUGGGCGAUACGAAUUUUUAUUGAACGGAGCAUAAAAUUAAAUGAUACAUCUUGAAAAGGCGAACCAAUUCUCAUACAAUCGAGAACAGAACAUUGGAAACCAGCAAAAUGGACAAACCGGAAUGGGAGACGAAUAAAAUUCUAUCGAGAAUACUGAAUCGUCGGGAACUUGACAAAGUUGCCCCAGACACAGUGAAGAAAAUCGAAAAAUUCUUCGAAGAUCGUUUCGAUGAAUUUAUGACAACACAAGCACUGUACGAAACAUUACAACGAACACACUCUCAAAAGACCGUUGAAUAUGAAAAAUUGGUGCAAGAUUUGACUACAAAAAAUGAAGACAACGAAGUCAAAUUGGAUAAGUCCCAACAAAAUGCGCUUGAAUUACGCCAACAAUUGGACGAAGUCCGCGCUGAAGUAUCCCGUUUGCAAAAGUCGAUUGCCAAAUUUGAAACUGAGAACAUCGAGUAUAAGCGACAACGGGAAAAUUUAAUCAAUGAACGUGAUGCGUUGCAAAGUAAUUUGGAAAGUCGAAUGGCCGAAACGGACCGAUUGAAAGGUGAUGUCCGUGAAUUGGAAAAACAACUACAAGCGGCCAUCAAUGCAAAAUAUGAUGCAAUUGCAAAAUAUGAUGAAAUUCAGUCGAAAGAGGCAAGCCUUGAAUACAAAGAGCGACGCAUGGAACAAGACAAAAACAUUUUACAAUCACAAUUGGCCAGCCUAACGGAAACAUACCAGAGCAAUUUGGAAGAAUUGAUGGCAAUUCGUCGUGAAAAACAAUUCACCCGACUCGAUCUCGAAGCAAAAUUAAAUGAACGCAUCGAAGAGUUGAACAUUUGUAACAGUUCGAUUGCACAUUUAAAAGAAUCCAAUCAGACGCUACAGAAUCGCCUUGAAGAGUUGUCGGCCAAACGUAAAGAAGAGGCUGAUGAAGCCAUGAAAAUGGCCGAUUGUUAUAAAAACGAAUUGUUGGCCAAGAGCAAAUUGGCUGACAUUUAUAAGAAUGACAAUGAAGAUACAAAGAAGCAUUUGAACGAAUUAACAAAUGCCGUUUCCGAUUUGAAGAAAAUGUUAUCUGAUUCGGUUGAAGAGUAUGGCACGCUCGAAACCAGAUGCAAAGAAGAUGCACUACAACACAGUGAAGAGCUCAAAGAGAAGGACAGUAUUAUUGAAAAUUUGCGCACGGAACUCAAGAAUGCCAACGAUCUAUUGAAAACGGCACAAGAAGAAAAUCUUGAGCAUGUCAUCGAACGUGUUGCACCAUCAGCUGCGGCCACAUCCAAAAUUCUUAAAUCGAAUAUGACACUCACCGAAAUCUACACCGAAUAUGUGAAAGCCAAUGAAAGUUUGCUCUCUGAGCGACGUGAAAAUGCCAAAUUGAAAAUACAAAUGAAAGAGAUUUUGCAAGAAAUUGAAGAACGUGCACCAGCCAUCAAUAAACAACAAAUCGAAAACGAUAAAUUGAUUGAGGCAAAUGCACAGAUUCGUGAACAACUCGACAAUAUGAUCACCGAACGUGUAGUCGAACGUGAGAAAUUGCAAGAAGUCACAUCCAAAUAUUCAUAUUUGGAACGUGAAAAUAAGCGAUUGAAAACGGGUCAAGCAGAUCUCUCGCGACAAGUAUGCUUCCUAUUGAAAGAAGUUGAACAACUUCGUGGUGGCAUUGUAUCCGAUGCACCGGAUCAAUCCAUUGGCUCUGAUAUGUCAGCGGCCGAGGUUAUAAGCAAAAAAUUGGUUACAUUCGGUAAUAUGGAUGAGCUACAAGAAAAUAACCAAAAAUUAUUGUUGUUGGUACGAGAUUUGAGCACCAAAUUGGAAGAAAUCGAAGAAACACAAAGUAAUUUCGAUCAAUCAUCGUAUGAAUCGAAGAUUGCUGAUUAUACAAAACGACUGGAACACAUGGAAAUCCAGCAACGACACCAAGCCCAAAUGAUCCAACAAUAUAUCCAGCAACGCGAUCGCUACAAGUUGUUGUACUUUGAAAUUAUGAAAGAUGUCGGCAAACCAAUUCUCAACAUUAGCAUGGAUGGUUCAAUCGCCGAAAAUAUGGAAACCAACGACGAAGAAACACCGUUAGCUUCAACAAGUAGUGCAUCAUCGGCAAGCGGAACACAAGCUCAAUCACCGAAUGUUGACAAAAAGGUGCUAGAAUUUCAAGAAAAACUUAAAGAAUCAGCCAAACAAUUGCAAACGUACAAAGAAGAACAUGAUGAAUAUCGCAAAGAGAAAAUGGCCAACGAUAAAAUUAUGAACGAUCAAUUUAAUUCGAUGCGUAACGAAUUGCGCGAAUUGACAACAACAAAUUGCAAACUCAAGAACAAUUACGAAUUUAAGCUGGAGAAAAUCAAGAGUCUCGAAAACGAUGUGUCCGAUUUUAAGAAGCAAAUAUCGGCUCUCGAAGAGCGUAAUAAGGUCUACGACAGCACAAUUUCAAAACAAGAGCAAACAAUUGCAUAUUUACGCGAAGAACUGUUCAAUACACAGAAAAAAUUGUCGAUUGCCGAGGUGAGCAAUAAAAAUCUAAAGCAACAAUAUGAAAUAAUUCGUGACACCGAAAGUCGCCUACAAUCGGAACGCGAAGCAUUGUACAAUGAGCGUCAAAAGCAAAACAUCGUUUUGAAUAAUUUGGAAUUAUUGAAAUGUCAACUUGAACGAUCGGAAAAUGAUGGUCGUGCUCGGGCUGAACAGCGACUAGAUGAAACGGUUCGUGAAUGUUCUGCAUUGCGUCGUCAUUUACAAGAAGAAAAAGAUCAUUUCCGUGAAUUGACUGCUGACCUUGAGCGUAAAACCAAAUCGGCACUGGAAAAGGCUGCCGAAGAAAAGGCCGAAGUUGAACGAUUACAAACCGAAUUGAAAAACUUGCGCGAUCAAUUGGCACAAAAAACCGAACAAAUGGAAACAUUGAGUAAGAAAUUACAAGAAGCACUUACACCGAAUGUUAAAGAUAAUCCGGUUGCCAAGGCCAACAAGCGUGCCAAGGAUUUGCAAGUGAAAUUGGACAUGGCCCUGAUUGAAGUCGAACAUUUGAAGGCUCAAGCUGAUUCUUGCCAUGAAACCAUCGAACAAUACACCAAAAUUGCAAAAGAAAGUGAAAUUCAACACAAAGAGAUAAGCGAUCGAUACCAUGAAUAUCGCACCAAAACCGAACAAGAACUACAAGAGGCCAAAGCUCGUGAGUCAGAGCUUGUAUCACGCGUUGAAGAAUUGGAAACCGAAAUUAAACUACAAAUUACUGAUGCUCAACUCACCAACACUGAUAGCUCUGAUCAAUUGAAAAAAACUCAACAAGAGCUCAAAGAAGCAUACGAAAAAAUUAGUAAGAGCAAUAUUGCAUUGCGGGAUCUACGUGAUCAGGUCAACACAUUGAAUGCCGAAUUGAAGACCACCAACGAUAAGUACACGCAAGCAAUUACAAUGCACACAUCCGAUUUGCAUUUGUUCACCGAAUGCAAGCAAAAAUUGAGCAACGUUGAGUGCCAAAUUAGUAAAUUGACGGCCGAGCGUGAUGAUGCAAUUGCUGCACUUCAAGAACUGCAAAGUGGCAACGAAACAGCACGUGCUCUACUCGAAAAAGACAAACAUGAGCUGGAAAAACGAUUGGACGACUUAAAUUCACAGAAUGUUGCAUUGCACGACCAAUUGCAAUUGCUAAGUUCCACAUUGACUGCAGCCAAAUCUGCAAACGACUCGAAUGCCGAAGAUGUGAGCAUGAAUGAAUCUCAAAAUGACUCAAUCAUCAAUCGAUCCAUCACUGAUAAUGAUGGCCGUGAAAAAUUAAUGUCAAUUAUCAAAUAUUUGCGAGCUGAAAAGGAUGUGGCAUUGGCCAACGUCGACGUAUUGAGAAACGAAAACAUUCGACUCUCCGCCGAAUUGAAGCUAUUGAACGAUAAAGUCAAGCAACUAGUUGAUGCCAAGAGCAAAGAUGUUUCGACCAAAGAGGAAAAUCCACUAACAAUGGCAAAAUAUACGGAGGUGCUACGUAAAUUGGAAACAUUUACCGCUAUGCAAGAUAGUAAUCGAAUGCUACGUGACGAACGUGACUCAUUGUUGAAUCGCAUCAAAGACUUAACCGAUCGCAAUGACAAAGUCGAAAACGAGGUGUUCCCAUUGCAAGAGCAAAACCGCGAACUGACAACUAAAACGGAGGAGUUGACUGGCGAAAAUACCAAAUUGCGCAAUGAAGUGCUACAGUGGCGUCAACGUGCCAAUGCUUUGGUUGAACGUUCCAAUAAAAAUCCCGAAGAAUUCAAGCGUAUGCAAAAUGAGCGUGAAAAUUUGGCAAAGAUGUUGACGGCCGAAAAGGAAAAAAUCGAAAAGGCCGAUGCUGAACUUACGCAAAUCAAACAAGAAAAGAAUCGCAUCGAAAUUGAAUUGGCCAGCUUGCAAAAGAACAACCACAGCGUAACCGAAGAAAAGAAGAAACUGGCCGAUGAUAUUUUGACGGUAAAACAGAGCAAUGCUCGUAUGUCCAAUGAAAUUAUUGAGAUUAAGAAUACAUUGCUGCAACGUGACGAUGAAAUUAAGAAAAUGGUCGAAGAAUUGACCAACAAAGAGGCUCAAUUUAAUAAAGCAAAGUACAAUGAAAUGCAAAUCCGUAAGAUUGCCAAGAAAUACAAAGAUUCAUUCUUUGAAUUACAACAAAAACACGAUGCACUUCUAGCUGAAAGAGCUGCACGUCCGCUUGAACAACAAGCAGCCGACUUGUGUGAUACGAAUCUAUCGCAAACCGAUAAAACACUCAACGAUACAAUUAAAGAGCUUGAACUAUCGAUUACAGAAAAACAAGAACAAAACGAAUUACUGCGCGGUGAAAACGAUACGCUCACCAAACAAUUGGGUGAAUUGGACACAAAACAUUCAAAUACGCUUCGUGAAUUGAACAAUACAAUUCAAACGUUGACGGAAGAGAAGAAACACAUUGCACGUGAAUUGACGACAACAAAAACACAAUUGGUGAAUUCUGAACAGGUUCGCACCGAAAAUGAUAGUUUAAAAUCGCAAAAUGAUAAUCGAAUGAAAGAUUUGGCCGAUCAAGAUAAAGAGAAUAAAGAAACAAUUGCUCGUUUAACACGUGAAAAUGAAACAUUGCAAGGACGCCUGGCACAAUUACAUCGACAAUUUGGCGGUCAACAAGCGACUAAACCAACAACCAGCAGCGGUGCGAUUGAAAAGAGUCCAUCAGAUGCGGCCCGUACAGCCAACGUUAAACCGAUGGCAGCAGGCAUGGCAGGUCCGAGCAACCAGUCAGCCACUGUUACACCACGACCACGUGGUGGAGACACACCUUUGGCAAGCAUUCGACCAAUGUCUGUUCAGAAUAGUCGCACAGUUGCCGUUUUGCCCACCAGCCAAACAACAAACGUAGCUUCGAUUCAUGGUAGCUCAUCAACUUCAUCCGGUAGUGCUGUCACAGCAUUAGUUCCACCACAACAAGUGCACAGCGCCAGUGGUGGAAUGGCCGGUGAAGUGAUGUCUACAACAAGCUCACACACAGAUUAUAUGCCCGCCACCAGCUCAGCAGCUUCCAUUGUCGUUGCUGCCGUAUCACCAAUGGGUGCUAAUAUUGAUAAGUCCGAUCCAACACAAUCCGUUGCAUCAAAUUCAUCGGAAAAUAUGCAAGAAGCUGAAAGUGUUGAAGACUCAUCUUCUUCAUCCAGCACACAAGUGACGGUACAACAGCAAGCUGUCGCAUUAGUUUCACCUCGGCAACAUGAAAAUGCUCCGCAAAAUAUUGUUGCUCCACAACAGGUUAUCGAUCAAUUACACGCUGCCAGCACGUCUGCAUCGUCAUCAACAUCGGCCAGUAGUCAAAGUCAAUCGAUUACCAUGAGUACACACAAUCGUGCCACUUCAACAAGUAAUACAGUAACCACAUCGCAAGCUGGACACAAGCGACCACGCGACAAUGAAACCGAUUCAACCGAUGAAAUUUCAUCGGAUCAUGGCCAAAAGAAACCACUAAUCAAACGUACUCGCAUACAAAUUGGUUCUAGCACAUCGCAAGGCGUUAGUGAAUCGUCAUGCUUAGAUGUUGACUAUCAGGUGACCACAUCAUCUCAACGUGAUCAAGAUGACGAAAAUAUACUAAUUGUUGAUUCGGAAUCUGACGAAGAAAUGCCAGAUGAUGGCCCUGUUGAACCGGAUGAUACAAUUCAAUUCGAAGACGAAAGUGAUAAUGUUGAACCAUUUGAAGAGGCUCAAGGUGAAUCGACCGAUAUGUAUGCUGAAACUCUUCAAUCGGACAACAAUGAAGUCGAUGUCGAUGAAACUAGCGAACCAAAUCAGUCAAAUCCGAAUGCUUCAACAUCGGCAGCUAGUGCGCAAAACGUGAUUGAUCUAGCGAAUACUGAUAAUACAUCUCAACCACAAGAGACACAACAAAUCCAAACAAUAAGCGCCAGUGAUGCUGGAUCAAGCGGUUCUUCAACACAAUCAACAUGGAGAGGUCAAGCUGCACAAACUCCAUCACGUCAACAGCAGGCAUCGACACCAGUAACUCCCGUUCAACAGAAUUCUCAGUCACAAGCAACAACACAAAACACUCCCCAACAACAGCCACAGCAACCAAUCAUACUUAGUUUUGAAGAAUCCGGUGAUGAUAGUAUUGUGCCAAGCACACCAACUUUAUACGUUCCACGAAGAGCUGAUGGUUUUAGUGAGGCUGUUAGUUCACCACAGCCACACCAUCAAGCACAUCAGCAGCCAGCAGCACGUUUCACAUUUGCCGAGUCAGCAACUCGACCAACCGAUGGCAUCGAUGACACACGUAUCGAUCUAACGCAAUUGGAUGAAUCGGGAAGAAGUGUUUCUACCAUUCCAUCACAAUCGCCACGUGAUACAGGAUCUGCAAAUGAAACGAGCAGUACAUCGGCAACACCAGCCGUUGCUCAAGUUGAACCGAUUGCUGGCACAAGUUCGGCUCCAGAGGCUAGCGUUCCACAAGUAUUGGUUACAGAUGACGCCGAAGAAGUGUCCGAAUUUGCUGAUGACAAUGCAUCCACUACCGAAACCGAUGAAAAUAAGGGGUCUGAAGAAAUAGAAGACAUUGAAAAUGAGGAAGGAAUUGAUGGUGUUUCAUCAGAAGGCGAAAAAACCUCUGGUGGCACGGAAACAGUUGCGACUGAAGAAGAAGGUCGUGAAGCCGAGGUAGCCACAACCUAUCAAACCAGGAGCUCACGAGGACGAGGUACACCAUCACCAUAUCAACGCGGUCGUCGUUCCAUUCGCGGAAGACCACAACCAAUUGUAUGGCAAGAUGGCUCAAUGAAUCAACCAGACUAUCAGCAACAGCAAAAUUCUGGUUCACCAAAUCGCGGUUUUAUUCCGCAACAACAAGCUCCAGUGCAGCAACAACGUGGUGGCCCGAAACGCCGUAUGCGUCGUCCAUACAAUUCACGCUUCUAAUUCAUAUCCUGAUUGAUAAGGAAAAAUUAAAUAAAUGCGAACUUGUUGUUCCAUACAUACAUUCACAAUAACCCGAACAUACAUAAAAUCAUAUAAAGAAGAAACACACACUACAAAGAAAAAGAAUUAAAAAAAAUUUAUGCAUAAGAAUGUACCAAA